AUGUCGAACAGUCAACAACAAACACCGUCAGACCCGAUCCAGCAGGUGGCAGAACUGCUGGAGAGGAGCAGGCGCAACCUGCAGACUACCCGGGCGGACCCCGGAAGAACAGCGGCCAGGACACGACGCAUGCCACUGGAUCAAUUGCAACGGGACUCGGCACUGACACAGAGGGACAAGGCGAGGCUGAGGGAGUACAUGGCGACGAAAAGAGCAAAGACAACCCAACAACACCGGCUCAACAACAAAUUGGACGCCCAUAGCACGCCACCCGCUACUCCCCUACCGCCACCAGCAUUCCGGGACGACAUGGUCGUAGACGGACAGCCACCAGCCGGUUCUGCCACCACUGGACAAGCAACCGACACGCCCACCCCAAACACUGCCGAAACCACUUCGGAAGAGAUGGAGAUCUCACCGGAGCAGGAGAACGAGGUGCUAAGGGACAAAACCCCGGAAUAUCUGGGGAAGGACGACAGCGAUCACGACACAAUAUGGUGGUCCACAACCUCGGCUGAGUCCUCCCCGAAAAAGAAAGAGUGA